UGCCAAAGUGCAUAGUUUUUUGUUAUGAAUGUUCUUGUUAAAUCAUGUUUAUAAUAACAAUGUAAUAUUAUCAUAAAAUUCGUAUCGUUAGUAUACAUAUUAGCGGUUUUGAAAAUAUUUGAACAUAUUGUGAUACAGGGGAACCAAACAAUCAGAAAAAGCCGGGAUUUAACACUCAGAAAGGUUUGAGAAAAACCAAAUUUGUUUUUGAUGGUUUACCUGCACUACCAUGUUCAUUUCUCAGAAGUUCGUUUACAACAUUCUACAAUGUGAUAUGAGGUGUAACUAUUAACCGCAAAAAAUAAAUUGUAGGCAGAGAAGGAAUCACUAACUUUUAAAAUAUAAGUGUAGCAAUUUUCAGAAUGGAGGAAUAUAAUAGUGAAGCUCUUAAAACAGUUCAAGACAUUGCUAACAAUAUUUCAAUAGCUAUCCCAGACAUUCACAGACAUGAGAUGUUAAACACUCUUCAAACUAAUAUUGCAGAAAGAUACAAUGAGAAUGAAAUAGAUAUUAAUAGUAAACAUGAAAGUACAAAUAUGAAUUCUGUAGAUAAUGAAUUAGCAGCUAAUUUAUUAAGUACUUCAAAAAGCUUCCACCAGCAUCCAGAACCUACUCUAAGGGAAUUGCAAAUUAGUUCUUCCUGUGUAGAAUCUCAAAUAGCAAAUAUUCAUAGCUCUACUAAAGAAAGAGUUGAAGAUCGGAUGAGCACAGAAAGCAUUAAUGAUAAUUCUGUAGAACCCUCGGAUUGGGAUAGUAUACAAGGUAUUAGUUUUACAAGUAAAAAUGUAAAGGAAUCUAUUGGUAAUGCUUGCCCAGACUCCUUCAGAAAUUUGGAAAAUGAAAGUAGCCAAGCUGUUGGAAAUCCAAAUCAACCAGAAGAGUUUUCUACUGCCUUAAAUGAAUCCAUAGAGGUGCAAACCGACAAGAGUUCUAGUGGUUUACAUUUCGAAAGUGAAAAACAAUUACAAUCUUUGGAUAAGGAUGCAACUAAACAGCAUACAUUUAAUUCACUUGAUAUAUUUGGUAGAAAUAGGUAUGAUGAUGGUAAUGAACCUCAUGAAAGUACUGAAUUAACAAUGUUAGAUGAUCUAUCAGAAAUACCUAGUGAGAGUUUUGCAGGAUUAGAAGAUGUGGCUAGUAGAUCAUUUAGUAGUAACAUAUUUGAAGUAAGUUCUAAUGACAAAGAGAAACUCAAUAGUGAUCUGAAUGAUGCAACUGAUAGUGAAAAAACACAGAAAACCAUGUGUCAACAGACUGAGAAAAGCAAUACAGAAUCCGAAACCAAAGAAGACAGUCCAUUGUUACAGGAAAAAGAAAAAGAAAAAGAAUUAUUAGUUGAAAAAUCUACUGCUGAUGAUAAAACAGAACCAUCUGUCAAAGAAAAUACAACAUCAAUUGAAACCGAAGGGAAUGUAAGCGAAACUGUAGAUCAAAAUUUAAAAGAUGGUGAGAAACUAGAUACACAAGAAACUGUUGUUUUAAUGACAGAGAAAGAAGUCACUACUGAUUUAAUGAAUUCUAAGGAAAAAACCGUCGAUACAACAACAGAGAACAGUGAAAAGACCGCUGAUUUGACAACAGUGGAUAAAGAAAUAACUGACGGUUCAAUGGAAUCAAAUAAAGAGUCCGCUGAAACUGUAAAAGACCUGUCUGAAAAAGAGAAGUCAUCGAAUUCCAAAGGUGUUGAUGGUAGUUCUUUUGACAAAAAUGACAAUAGGGAAGGUGCCGAUGCGGAAUUGUGUAUUAUUCCCGAUACAGAAAGAGUUAUUUCUCAGGCUGAAAGGGACGCUGCUUCUUCAAUGCGGCCACUCCGUGAUAUCAGUGAAGCCAGUACAUCAAGUCAAGUUAAUAACAUUGAAGGAUCCUCAAAUCAGUCAGGAGGUUCUUCCAUAGUAGUUUUUAAACACGAAAGAGAUGACUUGGAAGUAUGCAAUCGAUGUAAACUGAAAAGGAAAGUCCGAUAUUACUAUGUUAUGAAAACUAAUGGAACACAUUAUUAUCUGUGCGACGAUAAUUGCUUAAAUGAUUUUAAAAACAGCCACGCAAAUAAGGUUGUUUUAAAUUGGGUUGAACGAUGUAUAAGGGUUAAGGACUUAUCUGAAGUGAAGAGUGCAGAAUCUGUUUCACUUAUAAGGAGAUGUGCUUCAUGUAAACGAGAAACUAAUGAUAUUAAUCAAAAUUUAACGUGGGAGAUUAUGGAUUUUUGCAACGAAUAUUGUUUAACAAAAUAUCAGAAAGAUACAGGCUCACAGUGUUCAAACUGUAAAGGAGAUGUGGAAAGUCACUUUCUUGGAAAAUACUGUGUUAGAUUUGGUAAUGACAUUAGGCAAUUCUGCACAAGUACGUGUCUUGAUAAGUACAAAAAAUUCCUUAAAGUGUGUUCAUACUGUCAACAAGAUAUUUCUGCAGGAGAUUCUGCAUUUUUGGCACCAGUUGGGGAUAAAGGUCAAUUUAAAGACUUUUGUUCCCAAAUUUGUAUGGAGAAAUAUGAUAUAAUGGCCACUGGUAGAACUCUCACAGUGCCUCCAGGUACGAUAUGCUCAGUUUGUAAAGCUGAAAACUCCAUCACCAUGGAAUUUGAGUUAGAUUCAAAUCUUCACUACUUCUGUGGUGAGUUAUGUUUUGUGGCUUUCAGUUUUGUAGAAAAUAUUUCAACAGGAAAAUGUGCCAUGUGUUCUAGACAUUUUGAAAAAUCAACUCUUGAAAAACAUACAAUGUAUUAUGAUAAUGUUCAGUACAGCUUUUGCUCCACAAGCUGUGAAAAUAUCUACAUUAUUGCUCACAGAAAAAUAGUAAAUUGCAGCUGGUGUAAAGUAAAGAAGUAUAAUUUUGAUAUGAUACGACAAUACAACAAACAAGGACCUACAAUAAAUAUGUGCAGUGUGAACUGUCUUAACCUGUAUAGGUUUUCUAUUGAAAGAAAUAAUAUUUGUAGUCAUUGCCAUAAGGUUGUUCCUCCUUUGUAUCAUUUAAAAAGUCAUGAUGGUGUGAUGAGAAGCUUUUGUACUUAUAAUUGCGUAACAAACUUCCAAAAUAAAUUAUCGAGUAAUAUUGGAUCGACUAUACGCAGUAGAGAAGAGAGCACACUUUCCAAUGUUUCUACUAGAAAGGGUAAAAGAAAUACAGGAACAGAUACAAAUGUAGCUGUAUCUGACGUGCCUAUGAUGCCAAUAAUUUCCAGUGUUCAGAGUCUUGCCAACACCAAUGGAACUUUUUUACCUCCACCACCAGUGCCUCCUAAAGGCACUCGAUUUACUCGUUCAAAGAGUUCUUCAGGAGCAAGUCUUUUGGCUUCUACCCCUAGAGUAAUCAGCUCAUUAUCAGACAUACCAUUCCAAGUUCAAAUCAAACAUCACUUUAUUUUAAAACAGGCACCAGUACCUGAACAAAGAACAGUUGCAACUAUGUGUUCUACUAAAAAAAUGAAUAAAGGCAUACUUGCAACACCUACUAUGGUAGAUCGGGAAGUUCAGACUGACGAGAGAGAAGCAACAAAGAUUUUGAUACCUGUACCAGUUCCAAUUUAUGUCCCCACACCGAUGCACAUGUACAGUACACCAACUCCUGUUCCGGUUCCUAUUCCAAUACCAAUACCUGUUCCAAUAUUUAUACCUACAACAAGAAAUUCAGCUGCUGGAAUUAUGAAAGAAAUUAAGAAAAUUCAAGUCAAGAUACCAACAGAUCCGUAUGAAGCUGAGCUUCUGAUGAUGGCAGAAAUGGUGGCUGAAGAAAAGAAGGAUGACAUUACCGAUUCAGAAAGCGAUGUUGACGACACAGGUGGUCCAGAAGAUAGUUACAGCCCCGAACCUGUUGAUGCUAGCAACACUUUUGGCGACGACAUGUUGCAGAUGGCAUUAAAAAUGGCUACCGAACUAGAUGAACCUGCAGUUGACCUGGAAGGGGCACUGACAGCAAAUACUAUAACAGGUGGUGAACCACAUCAUCCUCAAGAUGAGAAUGUAGACGAAACUCAGCCCAUGCAUCACAUGAUGGAAAGGAGCCCAUCAGCAAGAGGCAGAAAGAGGGGAAUGCGGCAAUCCAGAGGGGGAACUAAGCGUGGUAGGCGAAUGUCUCAUCAUCAAGUUGAUAUGCCAAUGAUGCAGCAUCACCAAGUACAGCAGCCCCCUCCACCAUCAGAACCUGCCGAGAAGCCAGAUGCUAACAUGUGUUUGAAGUACACCUUUGGAGUAAACGCCUGGAAGCAGUGGGUUACUACGAAAAACGCUGACUUAGAAAAAACUCGUCAUGUGAAACUGUUCAAAACUGAAAUUCUACAAUUAACGGCUGAUGAAUUAAAUUUCUCCCUCUGUUUAUUUGUGAAAGAAGUCAGGAAACCGAAUGGUGCGGAGUAUGCACCAGAUACAAUAUAUUACCUAUGUCUUGGAAUACAACAGUAUUUGUUCGAAAAUGGCCGCAUAGAUAAUAUAUUUUGCGAUCCGUACUAUGAAAAAUUCACAGAUUGUUUAGACGAAGUGGCAAAGAAGUUUUCAAUUCUGUACAAUGAUUCACACUACAUCGUUACUAGAGUUGAAGAGGAACAUCUUUGGGAAAGUAAGCAAUUAGGAGCUCAUUCACCGCACGUUUUACUGAGUACUUUGAUGUUUUUCAACACUAAACACUUCAAUCUCACAAGUGUAGAUGAACAUAUGCAGCUGUCUUUCUCACAUAUAAUGAAACACUGGAAAAGAAAUCCAAACCAGCCAGGUGCUUCUAAGGUACCGGGUUCCAGAAAUGUUCUUUUAAGGUUUUACCCUCCACAAAGUGCAAUCCAAAAUAAUGUAAGGAAGAAGAAGGUCUAUGAACAACAAGAAAAUGAAGAAAACCCUCUAAGAUGUCCCGUUAAACUUUACGAAUUUUACUUGUCUAAAUGCCCUGAAAGUGUAAAAACAAGAAAUGACGUGUUCUACUUACAACCAGAACGAUCUUGUGUCCCAGACAGUCCAGUAUGGUAUUCAACAAUGCCACUACCAAGAGAGGCACUGGAAAAGAUGCUUCAUAGAGUAAAAAUGGUUAAGGAGAUCAACGUUGCUCUAUUAACAAGUUAAUUUUUCAGUUGUAUUGUAACGCAGCCAUAAUAUUUAGUAAGGUUGAGUUGAAGUUGAUAACAAAGAAAAAACUAACCAAUGUCUUAACGAUUGACCUAUUUUUUGUGUACCAUUUUUAUUUCGACAUAGAUCAGCCUGUUAAUAUAUUUCGAACAUUGAUUAAUUUCUAUUAGUAUUAUCACAAUUUCUUUUUUUUUUCAAAUAUUUAACUAUAUUUUAAAUCAUAUUAAUUAAUGCUUUAUAGCUAUAAUUUUUA